AUGGCUUUCGAGGCGCUGGCGGAGGCGGCGGAGCGAUGGUGCGCCCGCACGCCCUUCCAGCUCAUCGCCGCCGAGGAGACGGAGCGGCGCAUGGACUUCUACGCCGAGCCCGGCGUCUCCUUCUACGUGCUGUGCCCGGAGGCCGCCUGCGGCGACAAUUUCCACGUGUGGAGCGAAAGUGAGGACUGCUUACCUUUUCUGCAGCUUGCACAGGAUUACAUCUCCUCCUGUGGGAAAAAGACACUCCAUGAAAUAUUGGAAAAAGUCUUCAAAUCCUUCAGACCUUUACUUGGGCUUCCAGAUGUUGAUGAUGAUGCAUUUGAAGAAUAUAACGCAGAUGUGGAAGAAGAGGAACCAGAAGCCGAUCAUCAACAGAUGGGUGUCAGUCAGCAGUGAUUUUUUGGAAGCUAUAAAAAAAUUCGGAAGCCUUUGGUAUCAGGUGGGGUCAGGUGGUCCCAUGUUGGCCUGUUCGAAUUAGCACAUCUCAAGGGGAUAUCUGGCUGCCAAGAAAAAAGUUUUACAAAACAUGGUUUUUAAAAUAAUAAUAAUAAUUUGUGAUGAGCUUUGCUAAGAAGUGACCUGAAUUUUGCUCCUGCUUCAGUGGGUUUUCUAUGGAGUUGUCUUGGUAGCAUUCUGCCAUUAUCAGUCUAGAAGUAGUUUUGUCGCUGACUUGUCUCUUCGAUUUGUGUUCAAGAGUAGUGUUUGCUGACAUGAAUGUAGAGUACCGAGAAUGUAGGAGGCGUGUGGGGAGAGUGCUGAGGCCUCGCCUGUGACCUUUCCGAGGAAACCAGCGCAGAGAGCAAACACCACCUGCGCUUUUCUUUUUAGUUCAACAGCUAUAGGUUUGUGACAAAGUACCAAAUGUGGAGAGACUUUUCCUGAAAAACAGUCAUUUCAUAGUGGUUGGUGCUGCAGAAGUGUAUAUGAAGGCUUAACAAAAAUGGUGGGAAGUAGGAGAUCCAGGGGGUGUCAGACAUAUUGAUGUUGUUUCACAGACACCUGAGUUUACAAAUGCUGAAUUAAUAACUGGCAGUAACUGGUACCAGCACCACACAGARUAACCAACCCUGGUACUCCAACACAGUGUGAUCCAAAGGCAAGUGCUGCUUUCUUACAAAUCAGGUGAAAAAUAGCCAUCGCCUUUCCCACUUCUGCAUGACGACUGACUUCAGGCUUCGCUGGUUUUGAUACACUGCCAAAAUAUUACUCAAACCUUGUGGCAUCAUGCACUAGAAUCAUAGAAUUGUAGAUUAUGCUGAGUUGGAAGGGACUCAUCGGGAUCAUUGAGUCCAACUCCUGGCACUGCACAGGACACUCCAAGAAUCACACCGUGUACCUGAGAGCACUGUCCAAAUGCUUCUUGAACUCUGUCAGGCUUGUGCUGUGACCGCUACCCUGGAGAGUCUAUUAACAGUGCCCAACCGUGUUCUGGGUGAGGAACCUUUUCCUAAUAUCCAACCUAAACCUUCUCUGACCCAGCUUCAGGCCGUUCCCUUGGGUCCUGCCACUGGCAAUGAGAGUAAAGAGAUCUGUACCUGCCCUUCCUUUUCCCCUCCUGAGGRUGCUGAAGACCACAAUGAGGUCUCCCCUCAGUGUCUUCCAGGCUGUACAGCUACUCGUCACCAGGCUUCCCCUCCAGACCCUUCACCAUUCUUGUUGCCCUCCUCUGGACACUGUCUCAUAAUGUCUUUACAUUGCGGUGCCCAAAACUGCCCCCAGCACUCGAGGUGAGGCUGCCCCAGUGCAGAGCAGAGUGGGACAAUCCCCUCCCUUGCCUGGCUGGCGAYGCUGUGCCUGAUGCUCCCCAGGACAUGGUUGACCCUUCUGGCUCUCAGGGCACUGCUGGCUCAUUCAGCUUCUCACUGAUCAGGACUCCCAGCUCCCUUUCCACAGUGCUGCUCUCCAGCCUCGUGUUCCCUGGUCUGUACACACAACCAGGGUUGCCCUGUCCCAGGUGCAGAAUCCAGCACUUGCCCCUAUUAAAAUUCAUACAGUUGGUAAUUGUCUGAUUUAUUGAGGUCUCUCUGCAGGGCCUCAACUCUCUGCUCCCGAGAGACUUGACAGCUCCUCCCUAUUUAGUGUUGUCAGUAAACUUAGUAUUUCUUUGAGUYCUGGACCCUGGUUGCUAAUGAGAUGUUGAAGAGCAUGGGAGCAAGGAUGGAGCCCUGUGGARCCCCACUGGUGACAAGUCGCCAGUCUGAUGUCACCCCAUUCACUAUAACCCUUUGUGCCCGACCCAUGAGCCAGUUGCUCACCCAUUACAUGGUGUGUUUAUCCAGUUGUGUGCAGAAGGAUACUCUCGAUACAGUAUCAAAAGCUUUAUUGAAAUCCAAAUAUAUUACAUCAACUUUCUUCCCUUGGUCAACUAGGUGGCUUACCUUGUCAUAAAAGGAAAUCAAGUUCAACAGGCAGGAUUCCCUUCAUGAAGCCAUGCAGCUGUGAGCUGUGACUGCAUUGUCCUCCAGAUGUUUUUAUAUACCUCCCAGAAUAAUAUUUUCUGUGAUUUUACCGGUCACUGAACUGACAGUCUGACAGCCUGUAGUUCCAGGAUCUUCCGUGAGUGUAACUUAAGUGCAACUUGAGUGUAACUUAACAAUGAAGCCAUAAGGGUAUCAACCAGCACCUGGCUCUUAAAAUUGUGCUGGACCUCUUCCUCUUCCUGGGCCUUUGAGCUAGUCUGGGCAUUUUAUUGGAGGGGAGCUAAAAUACUGCUUCAGCUGAUACAAAAUCUAAUGAGGUUUUACUUAUCAGGGGGCUUGCUCCCCGGGGGUUUGGCGAGGGUCUUGCUAUAAAGGAGAUGAAGACCCCUCGUAUUUUAUGUCUGUUUUGCAUAGUUCGAAAUUACUUGAAUGAGUGCCAGACUGCGAAGAUGCAGGGUCUCCUGGUUUACUUGCCUUUUGUACCGAAAAUGUAAGAAGCAAAAGUAAUUCUGUUGUAAUGCAGCUGUUUUCCACAAUCAAGAAAAGUGUUUCUAAAUUUACUCCUUUUUYCCAAUUUUUUAAAAAAUUGUGAAAUGAAGGUCACACGCUUCAAAAGCCCUUUUAUACAGARUUAGCUUUAUAAAAACAAAGAGUGAGCGAAGAGAAAAUGCUUGGACAACUCCUAURAAACAACUCGCCUCAUUUUGAAAACCCUGUUGUUAACGAUGUCUCCUUUUCAAUAGAUUUUUUUAAGACUCUUUUUCCAGGGUUACUAAAGAGACCAAGUGUUCUUGAUGGUUUACAUUUGUGAUGGUGGCUUGAGAGAUGCGCAGCGUAUGAUUUUUUCAGUCGAAGGCAGAGGUCUUCCAUAACUGGGACAAUGUGUGUUACCUGAGUCUGCACAGAAGUGUCUGCAACAUUGUAAAAGUUAGAGUUUAAGAGUAUUUAAGAAAAAAGUGGAAGAAAAACAGAGCUUAAUGCAACUUUGUACAUUCUUUCAGCAUGCAGGCAUAAACAUGGUAGUCGCAGCACCUUUCCUAUGGACUAGUGAUGUGAGAACCGUGGCCAUUUGUUGUAUAACACUGUACAGCAACAAUAGGCUUUUUGCUUACUGAAAUAAAGUGUAAGACCAGUGGUUUCCAUCCCUGCUUUAAGUCCCUAAAUUUUUCUUUCCUCUCCAGCUGGGACAGAUGCUCUAACCUUAAACAGAGCCUUCCUUUGGGAGAAGCUUUCUCUUCGUAGCAUCCCGUCCUUGGGUCGCGUCUCAUGGGGCUGACUUUCCUCUGCUCCAGUGUAAAGUGAGCAGUUUGCAGGAGCACAAGCUGGAGGCAAAGUCCUGCUGUUGAGGUUUGCUGMSCACUUGGCACCCGUKUGUUUGAGGG